AUGUCAAUGGAUUCGGGCCCUGUGCAAGCCGACGCCUUGUCGGACGCCGAAUACUCCGUGUACACGCAGGCCCGGAGCACGAUCACCGUCACCCAGGCCGAGCUCUUCUCCGUCUACGAGUUGGCCCCCACCGAGGCGAUGGUCAGCAUGGAAAGUCUCGCCAAAGGGUUUUUGGACGAGGCCGUCGACUGCUCAUUCUACGACCCGCCCCGGAGCGAGACCAACGUCAGCAUGCUCGAGUCGCUCGAUGCCGACCUGGAGACGGCCCUCGACAACUCCGUCUACGAGGUGUUGCCCAGCGAGACGGCCGUCAGCAUGGACAAGUAUGCCCUCAACGCCUAUGCCACCAACCCGAGCGACUGCGACACUUUGAGUGACCACGGCGACUGGUCCUUCUACGAGAUGCCCGACUCGGAGGCGCUCGUUGAAAUGAGCGCCGCUGUCCCCACCGCCACGGAGGGGUACUCGAUCUGGGUGUGCAGCUCGGAGACUGAGAUCGACAUGCGUGGCCGUUACACCCCCGUGCCGCUCAGCAUCAAAGCUAAAGGCAAGAACAAGAAGGGCCUCUAUGUGAACAAGGCC